AUUUUGCUUUCGUCGGUAUGGGGCUGCUCACGAUCUUGAAGAAGGUCAAGCAGAAGGAGAAGGAGGUCCGCAUUCUCGUGCUCGGCCUCGACAAUGCAGGCAAGACGACGAUUCUCAAGAAGUUCAUGGGCCAAGACAUCACGACGAUCAGCCCGACAUUGGGUUUUGACAUCCAAACGCUCGAGUACAAGCAGUUCAAGCUCAACGUCUGGGAUGUCGGCGGCCAGCAGACGAUCCGGUCGUACUGGCGCAACUACUUUGAGCAGACGGACGGCCUCGUGUGGGUCGUCGACAGCGCCGACCGCCGCCGCAUGGACGACUGCAAGCGCGAGCUCGCGGCGCUCUUGACACAGGAGAAGCUCACGGGCGCGACGCUGCUCAUCUUUGCCAACAAGCAGGACCUCCCCGGCGCGCUCAGCCCGGACGAAAUCGUGGUCGCGCUCGGGCUCCACGAAGCCCAAUUCGAGAACCGCCACUGGAAGAUCCAGUCGUGCAGCGCGUUCACCGGUGACGGCCUCGUCGAGGGCAUCGACUGGAUGGUCACGGACAUUGCCAACCGCAUCUACUUGCUGGAAUAAGAACGUAUAAUAUAUGAUCGCAUCUUUGCUGUCGGUGGCAGG